AUGCAUAAUGGUCAACUAGAUGAGGAGAUUACUAAAACAACGAUGACCGUGUAUACCUUGAGCUUCCUCAUCAUUGGACCAGUGGGAGAUGGGGAGCCACCAUUGCCCCAGGUUUUUGUCAAGCUCAGCAUCCAGGUUGUUCAAAGUUGCAACCAAGGCCUUGUUGGCACCCUGAACAGCAGCUGCAAUGUUUGUGGCAGCCUCCUUGGCCAGAUAAUCCUGAGUCUGCUGCUUCCUUUCAUAGUCUUGAUCAAAAUGGACAAGACUUUCUGGCUGGACUACAAAGAUUAUGCUCACAUUCUAUACUAUUAUGUCACAGGCCUUGGCAGUGGCUCUUUGACUCUUUUUCUUGUCAACACCUGCAAGAUUUUCCCUACAGCACCACAUCUGGGUGACUUUCUUAUGAACUUCUUGACACAAUAUUCUCCAUCUAUGGAGACAAGGGGUGGUACAUUGUUCCUGUUGUUUGGGAAACCAAGCAUUCAGCCAGGUUUAGCACCCCAAAUGGAUAUUGCCAGGGAUAGGAGAGGUCUUGAUGCUACCAUGAGGGGGUUCCUGUCCACAUCAGAGAAGAUUAGAUGGUGGGAAGACUUCUACACAUAUGCACCCUUUUCCGGGAGAUAUGACAGAGACUUUAUGGAAGGAUUUCUUUCCAGUGUCAUGCUCUUUGGAGUCGCUUGCCAUACACCUUGGGGACCCGCUCAGAGGUGGUCCUGGGUAGACCAUGUACAACAAACCAAGACCGUGGGGGGGGGGGCUAACAAGAAAAAACCAGGAUCUCUGGUCGAGUGCCACAGAAAGAAAUUUCUCAACGAGGAUAGGGGUGAUGAAACAGAGGCUAGCUUUUCAUCAAUAGACAUGGUCACUGUCACCCUCAAAGAGGGCAAUGUCAUGUUUCAGCCUCCUGGAGUGCAUGUUGUGUACACCCUUGUCCCAUCUGUCUUUACUGGGGGAUACUUCUACCAUUACAAUACCACACAUCUUACCAGGCCCAUUCUUGCAGUGCCUGAGGAGGCCUAUGAUUAUCUCACAAAUGACUUCUGCCAUGUGUUCAUGUCCAUCUUGUACUGGAAGAUAAUGACACUCCAAUAUCACGCACAGUUGACCUCCUACAACAAACACUCUAUUGCUCAGCUUUCUGCUCAUCCCACUUAA